ACAGGAACCAGUGGAAGAGAGAGAAUUCUCUUCUUAACACCGUUCCUCUGCUCUUUAAGGGAAGCCUGAGCGGGGCGGGAGGGGGGGGGGAAAGAAAAAAAAAGGCUCCUUUCUGAGACGACAGUUCUGCCCUGUGCUGGGAGGUCACGGUGCAGUGUUAAGGGGCGUAAAGAAGAGAGUAAGAAAUCGUAAAUUAUUGUUCCCCCUGAGGAGCAGUGGGGCUGGCUUGCUCUCAGCUUCUGCUUGGAUUGAUCUCCCCAGGCUGGGUCCCCAUGUAGCACUUCGCUAAAACGAUCAGGAGCUGAGAACGAUCGGUCCUCCUUUCCCUCCUCCCAGCAUCAGGGAAACCUCCUCCUUUUUUUUUUUUUUUUUUUUUUUUUUUUCCCCUUGGCAGCUGGUACAGCAUCCCCGUUCAGUGUCUGCUUUUGUGGGGAGCCCUCUGCUCGGAGAACUGCUUUUCUUGGCACCCACUUUUCUCCCUCCUCUCUCUGGGCCACCCUUCUUCUUUCCACUGGAUGGGCCAUGGAUGCAUGCACUUCAGAUGGCUCAGACCCCUGGGUGCUGACGAGGUGGGACCCUCUGGACCCCUGGAGGACUCGCAGUGCUGACCACUAGCCGCGUCGCCUGAGCCCCAGCGCUGAUGCUACAUAGUUUCCCCCUCACUGUGCUGGAGGGAGAAGACCCUGGGAUUUCUGAGCGAGGCCCAUGGAUGUUGAAGUCUCCCGGGGUCCCCGACUCCAUGCUCUCGCGCCCCAGUUACUAUGACGCCCUGCACAGCCGCAGCUCGGGGCACGCCCAGCGCCCUGCAGGACACUCGGCCUCCCCGGCUCAGCAUCUGCUUCGAGGGGCCCCCUCUGAGGCGGCGGGGUGGCGUGGUGGAUCACCGAGAUGUCAUCUUGGCCCACCAGGCCCACAAAAUCCACAGCACCCCCCAGGCCAGGAGGAAAGAAUGGGAAAUGGCCCGCUUCGGAGACGAGAUGCCGGCCCGCUACGGGGGAGGAGGCUCCGGGGCAGCCGCCGGGGUGGUCGUGGGCGCCGGAGGCGGGCGAGGAGCCGGGGGCAGCCGGCAGGGCGGGCAGCCCGGGGCGCAAAGGAUGUACAAGCAGUCAAUGGCGCAGAGAGCGCGGACCAUGGCACUCUACAACCCCAUCCCCGUCCGACAGAACUGCCUCACGGUUAACCGGUCUCUCUUCCUCUUCAGUGAAGACAACGUGGUGAGAAAAUACGCCAAAAAGAUCACCGAAUGGCCUCCCUUUGAAUAUAUGAUUUUAGCCACCAUCAUAGCGAAUUGCAUCGUCCUCGCACUGGAGCAGCAUCUGCCUGAUGAUGACAAGACCCCGAUGUCUGAACGGCUGGAUGACACAGAACCAUACUUCAUUGGAAUUUUUUGUUUCGAGGCUGGAAUUAAAAUCAUUGCCCUUGGAUUUGCCUUCCACAAAGGCUCCUACUUGAGGAAUGGCUGGAACGUCAUGGACUUUGUGGUGGUGCUAACGGGCAUCUUGGCGACAGUUGGGACGGAGUUUGACCUACGGACGCUGAGGGCAGUUCGAGUGCUGCGGCCGCUCAAGCUGGUGUCUGGAAUCCCAAGUUUACAAGUCGUCCUGAAGUCGAUCAUGAAGGCGAUGAUCCCUUUGCUGCAGAUCGGCCUCCUCCUAUUUUUUGCAAUCCUUAUUUUUGCAAUCAUAGGGUUAGAAUUUUAUAUGGGAAAAUUUCAUACCACCUGCUUUGAAGAGGGGACAGAUGACAUUCAGGGUGAGUCACCGGCUCCAUGUGGGACAGAAGAGCCCGCCCGCACCUGCCCCAAUGGGACCAAAUGUCAGCCCUACUGGGAAGGGCCCAACAACGGGAUCACUCAGUUCGACAACAUCCUGUUUGCAGUGCUGACUGUUUUCCAGUGCAUAACCAUGGAAGGGUGGACUGAUCUCCUCUACAAUAGCAACGAUGCCUCAGGGAACACUUGGAACUGGUUGUACUUCAUCCCCCUCAUCAUCAUCGGCUCCUUUUUUAUGCUGAACCUUGUGCUGGGUGUGCUGUCAGGGGAGUUUGCCAAAGAAAGGGAACGGGUGGAGAACCGGCGGGCUUUUCUGAAGCUGAGGCGGCAACAACAGAUUGAACGUGAGCUCAAUGGGUACAUGGAGUGGAUCUCAAAAGCAGAAGAGGUGAUCCUCGCCGAGGAUGAAACUGACGGGGAGCAGAGGCAUCCCUUUGAUGGAGCUCUGCGGAGAACCACCAUAAAGAAAAGCAAGACAGAUUUGCUCAACCCCGAAGAGGCUGAGGAUCAGCUGGCUGAUAUAGCCUCUGUGGGUUCUCCCUUCGCCCGAGCCAGCAUUAAAAGUGCCAAGCUGGAGAACUCGACCUUUUUUCACAAAAAAGAGAGGAGGAUGCGUUUCUACAUCCGCCGCAUGGUCAAAACUCAGGCCUUCUACUGGACUGUACUCAGUUUGGUAGCUCUCAACACGCUGUGUGUUGCUAUUGUACACUACAACCAGCCCGAGUGGCUCUCCGACUUCCUUUACUAUGCAGAAUUCAUUUUCUUAGGACUCUUUAUGUCCGAAAUGUUUAUAAAAAUGUACGGGCUUGGGACGCGGCCUUACUUCCACUCUUCCUUCAACUGCUUUGACUGUGGGGUUAUCAUUGGGAGCAUCUUCGAGGUUAUCUGGGCUGUCAUAAAACCUGGCACAUCCUUUGGAAUCAGCGUGUUACGAGCCCUCAGGUUAUUGCGUAUUUUCAAAGUCACAAAGUACUGGGCAUCUCUCAGAAACCUGGUCGUCUCUCUCCUCAACUCCAUGAAGUCCAUCAUCAGCCUGUUGUUUCUCCUUUUCCUGUUCAUUGUCGUCUUCGCCCUUUUGGGAAUGCAACUCUUCGGCGGCCAGUUUAAUUUCGAUGAAGGGACUCCUCCUACCAACUUCGAUACUUUUCCAGCAGCAAUAAUGACGGUGUUUCAGAUCCUGACGGGCGAAGACUGGAACGAGGUCAUGUACGACGGGAUCAAGUCUCAGGGGGGCGUGCAGGGCGGCAUGGUGUUCUCCAUCUAUUUCAUUGUACUGACACUCUUCGGGAACUACACCCUCCUGAAUGUGUUCUUGGCCAUCGCUGUGGACAAUCUGGCCAAUGCCCAGGAGCUCACCAAGGUGGAGGCGGACGAGCAAGAGGAGGAAGAAGCAGCCAACCAGAAACUUGCCCUACAGAAAGCCAAGGAGGUGGCAGAAGUGAGUCCUCUGUCCGCGGCCAACAUGUCCAUAGCUGUGAAAGAGCAACAGAAGAAUCAAAAGCCAGCCAAGUCUGUGUGGGAGCAGCGGACCAGUGAGAUGCGAAAGCAGAACUUGCUGGCCAGCCGGGAGGCCCUGUACAACGAAAUGGACCCGGACGAGCGCUGGAAGGCUGCCUACACCCGGCACCUGCGGCCUGACAUGAAGACGCACUUGGACCGGCCGCUGGUAGUGGACCCGCAGGAGAACCGCAACAACAACACCAACAAGAGCCGGGCGGCUGAGCCCACCGUGGACCAGCGCCUCGGCCAGCAGCGCGCUGAGGACUUCCUCAGGAAACAGGCCCGCUACCACGAUCGGGCCCGGGACCCCAGCGGCUCGGCGGGCCUGGACGCACGGAGGCCCUGGGCGGGCAGCCAGGAGGCCGAGCUGAGCCGGGAGGGACCCUACGGCCGCGAGUCGGACCACCACGCCCGGGAGGGCAGCCUGGAGCAGCCCGGGUUCUGGGAGGGCGAGGCCGAGCGAGGCAAGGCCGGGGACCCCCACCGGAGACACGUGCACCGGCAGGGGGGCAGCAGGGAAAGCCGCAGCGGGUCCCCGCGCACAGGCGCGGACGGGGAGCCCCGACGGCAUCGCGCGCACCGCAGGCCCGGGGAGGAGGGCCCGGAGGACAAGGCGGAGCGGAGGGCGCGGCACCGCGAGGGCAGCCGGCCGGCCCGGGGCGGCGAGGGCGAGGGCGAGGGCCCCGACGGCGGCGAGCGCAGAAGGCGGCACCGGCACGGCGCUCCGGCAACGUACGAGGGGGACGCGCGGAGGGAGGACAAGGAGAGGAGGCAUCGGAGGAGGAAAGAGAACCAGGGCUCUGGGGUCCCUGUGUCAGGCCCCAACCUGUCAACCACCCGGCCAAUCCAGCAGGACCUGGGCCGCCAAGACCCACCCCUGGCAGAGGACAUUGACAACAUGAAGAACAACAAGCUGGCCACCGCCGAGUCGGCCGGUCCCCACGACAGCCUCGGCCACGCCGGCCUGCCCCAGAGCCCAGCCAAGAUGGGAAACAGUACGGACCCCGGCCCCACGCCGGCCAUCCCUGCCAUGGCCACCAACCCCCAGAACGCCGCCAGCCGCCGGAUGCCCAACAACCCGGGGAACCCAUCCAAUCCCGGCCCCCCCAAGACGCCUGAGAACAGCCUUAUCGUCACCAACCCCAGCGGCACCCAGACCAAUUCAGCUAAGACUGCCAGGAAACCCGACCACACCACGGUGGACAUCCCCCCGGCCUGCCCACCCCCACUCAACCACACCAUCGUGCAAGUGAACAAAAACGCCAACCCAGACCCACUGCCAAAAAAAGAGGACGAGAAGAAGGAGGAGGAGGAAGACGACCGUGGGGAAGACGGCCCUAAGCCAAUGCCUCCCUAUAGCUCCAUGUUCAUCCUGUCCACGACCAACCCCCUUCGCCGCCUGUGCCAUUACAUCCUGAACCUGCGCUACUUUGAGAUGUGCAUCCUCAUGGUCAUUGCCAUGAGCAGCAUCGCCCUGGCCGCCGAGGACCCUGUGCAGCCCAACGCACCUCGGAACAACGUGCUGCGAUAUUUUGACUACGUUUUUACAGGUGUCUUUACCUUUGAGAUGGUGAUCAAGAUGAUCGACCUGGGGCUCGUCCUGCAUCAGGGUGCCUACUUCCGUGACCUCUGGAAUAUUCUCGACUUCAUAGUGGUCAGUGGGGCCCUGGUAGCCUUUGCCUUCACUGGCAAUAGCAAAGGAAAAGACAUCAACACGAUUAAAUCCCUCCGAGUCCUCCGGGUGCUACGACCUCUUAAAACCAUCAAGCGGUUGCCAAAGCUCAAGGCUGUGUUUGAUUGUGUGGUGAACUCGCUUAAAAACGUCUUCAACAUCCUCAUCGUCUACAUGCUAUUCAUGUUCAUCUUCGCCGUGGUGGCCGUGCAGCUCUUCAAGGGGAAGUUCUUCCACUGCACUGACGAGUCCAAGGAGUUUGAGAAAGAUUGUCGAGGCAAAUACCUCCUCUACGAGAAGAAUGAGGUGAAGGCGCGAGAUCGGGAGUGGAAGAAGUAUGAAUUCCAUUACGACAACGUGCUGUGGGCUCUGCUGACCCUCUUCACCGUGUCCACGGGAGAAGGCUGGCCACAGGUCCUCAAGCACUCAGUGGACGCCACCUUUGAGAACCAGGGCCCCAGCCCCGGGUACCGCAUGGAGAUGUCCAUUUUCUACGUCGUCUACUUUGUGGUGUUCCCCUUCUUCUUUGUCAAUAUCUUUGUGGCCUUGAUCAUCAUCACCUUCCAGGAGCAAGGGGACAAGAUGAUGGAGGAAUACAGCCUGGAGAAAAAUGAGAGGGCUUGCAUCGAUUUCGCCAUCAGCGCCAAGCCGCUGACCCGGCACAUGCCACAGAACAAGCAGAGCUUCCAGUACCGCAUGUGGCAGUUUGUGGUGUCUCCGCCUUUCGAGUACACGAUCAUGGCCAUGAUCGCCCUCAACACCAUCGUGCUUAUGAUGAAGUUCUAUGGGGCUUCUGUUGCUUAUGAAAAUGCCCUGAGGGUGUUCAACAUCGUCUUCACCUCCCUCUUCUCUCUGGAAUGUGUGCUGAAGGUCAUGGCUUUUGGGAUUCUGAAUUAUUUCCGCGAUGCCUGGAACAUCUUCGACUUUGUGACUGUUCUGGGCAGCAUCACCGAUAUCCUCGUGACUGAGUUUGGGAAUCCGAAUAACUUCAUCAACUUGAGCUUUCUCCGCCUCUUCCGAGCUGCCCGGCUCAUCAAACUUCUCCGUCAGGGUUACACCAUCCGCAUUCUUCUCUGGACCUUUGUGCAGUCCUUCAAGGCCCUGCCUUAUGUCUGUCUGCUGAUCGCCAUGCUCUUCUUCAUCUAUGCCAUCAUCGGGAUGCAGGUGUUUGGUAACAUUGGCAUCGACGUGGAGGACGAGGACAGUGAUGAAGAUGAGUUCCAAAUCACUGAGCACAAUAACUUCCGGACCUUCUUCCAGGCCCUCAUGCUUCUCUUCCGGAGUGCCACCGGGGAAGCUUGGCACAACAUCAUGCUUUCCUGCCUCAGUGGGAAGCCGUGUGACAAGAACUCUGGCAUCACGACUCGAGAGUGUGGCAACGAAUUCGCUUAUUUUUACUUCGUUUCCUUCAUCUUCCUCUGCUCAUUUCUGAUGCUGAAUCUCUUUGUCGCCGUCAUCAUGGACAACUUCGAGUACCUCACCCGAGACUCCUCCAUCCUGGGUCCCCACCACCUGGAUGAGUACGUGCGUGUCUGGGCCGAGUAUGACCCCGCAGCUUGCGGUCGGAUUCAUUAUAAGGAUAUGUACAGUUUAUUGCGAGUAAUAUCUCCCCCUCUCGGCUUAGGCAAGAAAUGUCCUCAUAGGGUUGCUUGCAAGCGGCUUCUGCGGAUGGACCUGCCCGUCGCAGAUGACAACACCGUCCACUUCAACUCCACCCUCAUGGCUCUGAUCCGCACAGCCCUGGACAUCAAGAUUGCCAAGGGAGGAGCCGACAAACAGCAAAUGGACGCUGAGCUGCGGAAGGAGAUGAUGGCGAUUUGGCCCAACCUGUCCCAGAAGACGCUAGACCUGCUGGUCACACCUCACAAGUCCACGGACCUCACCGUGGGGAAGAUCUACGCGGCCAUGAUGAUCAUGGAGUACUACCGGCAGAGCAAGGCCAAGAAGCUGCAGGCCAUGCGCGAGGAGCAGGACCGGACACCCCUCAUGUUCCAGCGCAUGGAGCCCCCGUCCCCAACGCAGGAAGGGGGACCUGGCCAGAACGCCCUCCCCUCCGCCCAACUGGACCCAGGAGGAGCCCUGAUGGCUCACGAAAGCGGCCUCAAGGAGAGCCCGUCCUGGGUGACCCAGCGUGCCCAGGAGAUGUUCCAGAAGACGGGCACGUGGAGCCCAGAACGAGGUCCCCCCACCGACAUGCCCAACAGCCAGCCUAACUCUCAGUCCGUGGAGAUGCGAGAGAUGGGCAGAGAUGGCUACUCCGACAGCGAGCACUACCUCCCCAUGGAAGGCCAGGGCCGGGCCGCCUCCAUGCCCCGCCUCCCUGCAGAGAACCAGAGGAGGAGGGGCCGGCCACGUGGGAAUAACCUCAGUACCAUCUCAGACACCAGCCCCAUGAAGCGUUCAGCCUCCGUGCUGGGCCCCAAGGCCCGACGCCUGGAUGACUACUCACUGGAGCGGGUCCCACCCGAGGAGAACCAGCGGCACCACCAGCGGCGCCGCGACCGCAGCCACCGCACCUCUGAGCGCUCCCUGGGCCGCUACACCGACGUGGACACAGGCUUGGGGACGGACCUGAGCAUGACCACUCAAUCUGGGGACCUGCCGUCGAAGGAGCGGGACCAGGAGCGGGGCCGGCCCAAGGAUCGGAAGCAUCGACAGCACCACCACCACCACCACCACCACCACCCCCCGCCCCCUGACAAGGACCGCUAUGCCCAGGAACGGCCAGACCACGGCCGGGCGCGGGCCCGGGACCAGCGCUGGUCCCGCUCGCCCAGCGAGGGCCGAGAGCACAUGGCGCACCGGCAGGGCAGUAGUUCCGUAAGUGGAAGCCCAGCCCCCUCAACAUCUGGUACCAGCACUCCGCGGCGGGGCCGCCGCCAGCUCCCCCAGACCCCCUCCACCCCCCGGCCACACGUGUCCUAUUCCCCUGUGAUCCGUAAGGCCGGCGGCUCGGGUCCCCCGCAGCAGCAGCAGCAGGCGGUGGCCAGGCCGGGCCGGGCGGCCACCAGCGGCCCUCGGAGGUACCCAGGCCCCACGGCCGAGCCUCUGGCGGGAGAUCGGCCGCCCACGGGGGGCCACAGCAGCGGCCGCUCGCCCAGGAUGGAGCGGCGGGUCCCAGGCCCGGCCCGGAGCGAGUCCCCCAGGGCCUGUCGCCACGGUGGGGCCCGGUGGCCGGCAUCCGGCCCGCACGUGUCCGAAGGGCCCCCGGGUCCCCGGCACCACGGCUACUAUCGGGGCUCCGACUACGACGAGGCCGACGGCCCGGGCAGCGGGGGCGGCGAGGAGGCCAUGGCCGGGGCCUACGACGCGCCACCCCCCGCACGACACGCGUCCUCGGGCGCCACCGGGCGCUCGCCCAGGACUCCCCGGGCCUCGGGCCCGGCCUGCGCCUCGCCUUCCCGGCACGGCCGGCGACUCCCCAACGGCUACUACCCGGCGCACGGACUGGCCAGGCCCCGCGGGCCGGGCUCCAGGAAGGGCCUGCACGAACCCUACAGCGAGAGCGACGACGAUUGGUGCUAAGCCCGGGCGAGGUGGCGCCCGCCCGGCCCCCCACGCACCCCACGCACACACCCCACCCGAGGAGCCGCGCAGAGGCCGCGGGGGCCCAGCACAGAGGGCCCGGGAGAGGGCCAGCCGGGAGACCCCAGACUCUGGAGAGGCCAGGGCUGGGCCACAAGGGUGUCCCGCAGAAACCCUCGGCCAGAAGAGACCCUCCUGGGCAGCCACGGCGCCCCCCACCCAGCCCCGAUCCCCCCCACCUACGACGGGCUCUCGGGUGGGAGGCAGGGGGCAGACAAACCACACCGCCAAGGGAUUUGAAUUAACUCAGCCAUUUUUGGAGAACUUUGGGGAACAUGGAAAAAAAACAAAAACAAAAAAACAAAAAAAAACAUUUUUAAAAGAAAAACGGGGAGAAAAAAAUAGCUUCUAUUGAUGAGUUUUAUCAUCUCAAUUGAAUCUUUCCUUUCCCUGAUGAACGAGAGCUGGUGGCCGAGUGCGGCAAAGAAGCUGGAAGGAACCGGAACCCCAGCGCCCAGCACCCAUCACCAGACACACUCAUAUCCACACACGUUCUCAGACACACACAGGAGUGCUUGCCGGUUAUACCAAACCCUACUAUUACUGCCUGCAGAAAUCAAUUUAAAAAAAAUAAUAACAAUAAACAAUUUUAAAAAGGACAAAAAAAUUAAUGAUUGAGAAAAGAGGCAUUUUUUUCUGACAUUUGGUCCUGCUUGAAAUAACAAAAGAAGAAAAAAAAAAAACCCACCAUGACCACCGAUUCCUUUGCUUCUUUUUUCCUUUUUUCCUACCUUGUUUGAAAACCGUGGGCUUGGGACUGUGAAUUAUUGCAUGACAUUCAAAAAGAAAAAAAAAAAUAAAAAAAGUUGAAUCAAA